AUGGUCACUGGUGACUACGGCAUUACUGCCGCCGCCAUAGCCCACAACAUUGGCAUUUUCACCACAUCAGAACCCGACACCUUCGACACCAUCAGGAGGGGUACGACACCCACAGCCGAAGAGCUUCGACGUGAGCGCCUUGCUGGAAACGGCCGCAGUCUCCUUCUCGAGGGAGCUUCCGUUGCUCGGCUGAUGGCACAGGACUGGGAUAUUGUCUGCGAGUACGACGAGAUUGUGUUCUCACGCACGACUCCUGAGCAGAAGCUGCGCAUCGUCAAUGAGUUUCGCGACCGUGAGAAUGUGGUCGCGGUGACUGGUGACGGUGUCAAUGAUGCUCCGGCACUUCGGGCUGCUGACGUCGGCGUAGCUGUCGUCACAGGCAGUGAUGUUGCGAUUGAGGCAGCGGAUCUUGUUCUCAUGGAUCAGUUUGACUCCAUCGUCGAAGCCAUUCGUCUCGGACGUCUCGUCUUUCAGAAUCUGCAGAAGGUCAUUGCGUAUCUUCUUCCUGCAGGCAGCUGGUCUGAGAUCUGGCCGGUGCUCGUUAACGUCUUCUUUGGAGUUCCUCUACCGUUGAGCGUCUUUCUCAUGAUCGUCAUCUGCGUCUUCACCGAUCUGUUUCUCUCUCUAUCGCUCAUCAUGGAGAAGCAAGAAUUUGAUCUGCUCUCCCUUCCUCCCCGCAAUGCCAAGCGUGAUCACCUCAUCAAUCUCAAGAUCUACGCGCAAGCAUACCUCUUCACGGGAUUCAUGGAGACGGUCUGCGCGCAUUCAAUGUUCUUCUUCUACAUGUGGAAGUACGCCGGCUUCCCAAUCCAUGAGCUUUUCUUCUUGUUUGAAGGCUACGCUGAAGGCUACCAUGGGUACACCCUCGAUGAGCUCACCAACUUCAAUGCAACCGGCCAGUGCGUCUACUUCGUCACGUUGUUGUUCCUCCAGUGGGGCAACAUCCUCGCGGUUCGCAACCGGAGACUCAGUAUCGUUCAGGCAGAUCCAAUCACCAAGGUGAGACGAAACCCGUGGCUUAUUGCGAGCGCCAUCAUCAGCCUCGCGAUCGCAAUUUUCGUCACCGAAGUUCCCGGGAUUCAGAAGCUUUUCGGUACAGCUUCCGUUCCAAUUGAGUUCUGGCUUAUUCCCGUGCCUUUGGCGUUGGGCAUCUUAUUCAUGGACGAGAUUCGCAAGCUGGUUGUGAGGCUGUUCCCGCGAGGUCCGAUUGCUAGAGUUGCGUGGUAA